CAUCAACGGUAUUGUUUCGGGAUAAUAAUACUGUCCAUUAGGGUUGUCUUUCUUUAAGAGUGUGGGUCACCAUUGGCAUGUGAAUUGUCUCUUUCCUAUCUUUAGCUGGCGAUAUGUGAAAAAGAGAUACAUGUCAUGAUUUGUAUUUCAUAUAGCAUCAGAGGCUGGUUUGAACAGAAACGUUUCAGACAAAUGUGUUGCUUGUUCUACUAUGGUUUGUUCUCUAAGCUGGCGGGUCGUUAGCCCAACAGCAUUUGAGCCCGCAUUGCAUCAAGCGCACAAGAAAAAGUUGUGAGGUGACAAUCUAAACUGUGGUUCGGUCUCAAGGUUCAUUAAAAUAUCCUUCAUCAAUGGCUUUUUUUGUGAAAAAGAAGAAAUUCAAGUUUCAGACACAUUUGACAUUGGAGGAGCUGACCGCUGUGCCUUUUGUCAACGGAGUAUUGUUCUGCAAGCUUCGAUUGUUGGACGGUGGAGACUUUGUUGCAACUUCAUCAAGAGUGGAGGUUCAGGAGAACUGUGUUCGAUGGAAGAAGAGGUUCACCUUUUUGUGUAAAAUGAGUGCCAACCCCACAACUGGAGUGCUGGAUCCCUCGAUCUGUCGGGUUUCUGUGCGGAAGGAACUCAAAGGAGGAAAAACGUAUUCAAAGCUGGGUUUUACUGACCUAAACAUGGCAGAGUUCGCUGGCUCAGGCUCUGCGGUCCGCUGUUGUCUACUGGAGGGAUACGACACCAAGAAUACCAGACAGGACAACUCCAUACUGAAGGUGACUAUCGGGAUGACCCUCCUCUCUGGAGAUCCGUGCUUUAAAACCGCUCCCAGCACAGCCAAGUCCAUCUCGAUCUCAGGCCAGGACCAUACCCUGCAGCUAGACUGCAAGGGUGAGGGCACUGGAACCCCUAACCGUCCCCCUUCUUUGGGCCGGUCCAUGAAGCCCAGGCCCUCUGUCAUCAGCUCAGGACUUCCAGAGGAGCGAGACCAGACCCAGGUGGCCAGCCCAGGAGAAGUGUUCCAGUCGGGCCACUCUCGCAACUCCAGCUACGCCAGCCAGCUGAGCAAGAUCUCAGGCUAUAGCACCGAGCACUCCUGCUCCUCCAGUAUGUCUGAUCUCACACACCGGAGGAACACCUCCACAGGAAGCAGCACCUCUGGGGGCCUGAGUGUGACCGUAGACACCCCACCAGAGAGGGAGAGCGACAUCUGCCGGCCAGAGAGACCCCCUCGCCCCCCACGGCCCAUCCUGCCAUCCAACAGACCCCCCAGGAGGAAGCAGGAUUCUGUGGAGAGCCAUCCCUCCUGGGUGAAUGACACCCGCAUCGAUGCUGAUGAUAUAGUUGAAAAGAUCGUCCAGAGCCAGAACUUUGGUGACAUAAGUAACACUGAAGACAGUAACCUGCGACUGUUUGUCAGUAGAGACGGGACCACUUCCCUGAAUGAGCUACAGCUUGGAAACAGGGUGUCCGCCGGUGUCUAUGAACCAGUUGUGAUUGAGAGCCAUUAGGACUGGUGAAGAUGUGAGUUUAAGUUGAGGCCUCUGUGGUCAAGCUUGUGGACUAACUCUAGAAACCUAUGGUAGUCAUCCUGGAGCUCCAGCUGAGCUGGUUGCCAUGAGAGGAGGACUGUACCGCAGAGUUAUGUUUAGUUGUGGAUCUGUUUACCCUAUGGGGUCUGAUUGAUUGUAAACUGUUUUUGUCUGGUCAUUUUGCACUUUAUUUCUAAUGUGUUGUACCCCCAGAAGAUGUGGCUUAAGUCUGAACUCAUUUCAGCUGUAUGUUGUUACAGUAUCUUUGUUUCCAUGGUAAAUUUCUUGUCCUGUUGAUCAGGAAGUGACAUCAUGCAUUUCUCUAUC